AUGUCAUACACUCAGGUCUUUGCCGGAAGGGACCACACCGUUCUCGUACGCAGUGAUGGAAGUGCCGUCACUUGUGGGACAAACGAGGACGGGCAAUGCGACAUUUCGUCUCCUGAGCCCGGAUCUUUCUACAUUGGCAUUCAGGUUCCCCCGGUGAGGGACCUUAUUAUGCAACUUGAAUGUAUUUUUGAAGCUGAUGUAUUCAAGCUAAAGUGCUCCACUUUGGUCGGGGAAGAAAAACUCUGUUGGAAUGCGCAUGGCUUCGAUUUGGCUUGGGAUAUUCACAAACAUGUCUGCAAUGAAUUGAAGAUCAGUCUCCAGAGUCUACGGUUGGUUUUACCCUUGGGACAGUUGCUGACCGAUUUCUGCCACCAAAAUCCGGUGGCCACAGUUGCAGAUCUAGCUUGA